CAUGAUCUAGCAGUGGAGAAGGGAAAUUUGACAAAUAUGAUUUUAAAAAAUUCUCCUAACUUUGACAACACACCAAGAGCAGUGAAAUCCAACCCAAUCACGAAAUCUCGUAGGAUAAAUUUCACCACAAUACAACAGGAGGGAUCCUCAGAAUCCCCCGCUCCACCUUCCAGAAGAAUCAACCCCACCCCAGUGUCAGGGAAACCAUUCAGGAGGCAGACAAAUGCCUUCAUAGAACAACAGGACUCAGAAAACAAGAACAGUAACUCUAGCUUUGAUCAGAGUCACUUAGAAGAGGAGAGAGAAUUACUCAGGAAAGAAAAAGCUAAGCAUCUUCAAAACAAAGUUGAGAGCAAGUCAGAUGAUUGCAGCUCAACAUCCGUUAGUACACCAACCAAGCUAGCCUUGGACCGUUCUGUCAGCACAGUGGAAAUAGUUACUGCUGAUAUUAAAGAGGUCACACACAAGAUUGAACUCGAUAAAUUGGUACAACUGUACUCAGAAUGUCUCAGUGAGAAUCUGUUUCCUAACCUCUCUAUGGAGCUGUACUUCCUGAUGCAGUUGUUGACGACUCGUAGUGUAGACCUGGACUUGAUAGCUGUUUGUGGAGAAGAUGUUUUGGAAAAUAAUUUCUUUUGUUCUGUCCACAAUGCUGUAUAUUUUGCUGUUGGUGUUCUGAAAAGACAGAAAAGAUUACUUCAGUGCCUUGAUAAAGUGACCUUGAGACUGUUGUCAGAGAACACCAGAAUUUCUCACUUUUCUCCUGAUCUAAGUCAUUGGUUGAUGAUCAUUGUUGAAAGCAAGAACCAACAGGUCGGUCCCAUUUAUCCCAAGUCUCCCAUUGGAAGUGUGUCUUUCCAAGCAGAAACUGACAAUAGGAAAAACUUUCCUGAUGAUAGAACAUUUCAUUUAUUCAAAAAACAAAGGGAUGGAUUCUAUGAGAUUCUGAGGGAGUGGGAAACCAACCACAUGGUGCCGGGCUGGUCUGUCAGUGAUGUGCUAAGGAACAAAAUCCGGGCCUUGAUCAGCUCCAAGACAGAACUCUCCAACCACCUCCACUUUGCCAGACUGUUUCAAUCUCAGCUUAUCGCCAUGUGUAAAGGAGACAGUGGUUUAAUGGCUGACUCUGGUGAUGACAAUAUUGCUUUGUUAACUCAGUUAAAGCGUUCUAAUCCAGAAAAGUUUAAAAAACUGCAGGAGAGAUUUUCUAAGCCAUUAAGUUUUGGAGGCCCUUGUCCUGUCCCAGCCUUCCCUGGGUGUCAGGAAUUCUUCCACGAUUUCAUCAUUGCUGCAUCCAGCACUAUUUUUAACCAGCAUUUGAGUGAUACUUUUGCAUCAAAAAUUCUUGAGUUGAAUUCAAUAUGUUUUCUCCCUGAAGAAGAAACUGGAAAUGAAGAUUCUGAUGAUGAACAGAAAGAGUUAUUUAUUUCUAGUCUCUUCACCCUGAGGCUUCUUGGAAAGUUCCUUGGCUUUGUGACCUUUCUACCUUAUCAAACAACCACAAAACUGCCAGAUGAAAUGGAGGCCAUGUAUCUGUCAAUAAGGAAAAAUCACCUGCCAUACUUGGACCUAGUGGAGUGCAUUAAGGAGGCCCUGUCCCUCCAUCGCCUUACCCUCACCAUCCCCUGGGUGGUGGAGUUCCUAAGCAUGAUGGACGUGGUAGCCCCCAAAAUUGACCACUUCCAGCUGACUCUAUUCUUACUAUUACUUAUUCAUAGAUCAUGUUGGAGAGAAUUGAAGCAUGAGAAUUAUGGUUGCCUCCUUAUUGUAACAAUGAUAAGCUGGUUGUUAGAUCUUUCAGUCAUACCAGAGGGCUUCUUCUUUGUUGAAAUUCCUCAUGAUGUGUUGGAUAUUUUACCAGAUGUUCAAAGGAAGUCUACAUUACAGCUGGACACCAUGGGAUUUGUUGAUCAAAGCGUGUUCUACUCCUGCUGUCCAUAUUUAUUAGAACUCAGAACCCUGUUGACGGAGUUUGCUGUGGGCUGUAGCAGUAAAACAUCUACCAUCAGGAAAAUCACUCCCGUAUCAGCCGAGGAUACUACCAUCCCUAAACCAUCAGAUGUUCAAAUUCAGUUACAACUGGAGGAGAAUUUCUUCCACAAUCACCCAGCCUCUCUGAGGAGAUGUGUGGAUUUUGUGGCCGAGCGAACAGCAUCUAACUUCAUCAAGAAGUUCCGCUCCACCUCCCUACAGAAAUCCCUGGGGGACAGUAGGGAGGCAUUGAACACACACCUCAUGUCACAGGCUGGGGGCUCUCCUAGCGGGAAAGCAAAGGACAAGUUGCAGCAUGAUAUCUUGAAAAUUGCACAGGAUCAUGUUGCACAGGCCAAACUCACGGUGGCCAAAGAUGUAGGCAG